UGUCAAACAACCCGAAAACGUUACUGGUUACAAAGACUCUGUCUUUACCGGUAUUUUAGUUUAAUAUUCUCUAGGCUGUAACUUUCUCAGAUUCAGUAGUAUUCCCAUGAAAUUACCAAAAUGAACGGCAGCUACAGGAUUAUAAACGUUUUGCUGUUUUCUAGCUUAAUUUUAUGUCAUUUAACACUGAUAAAAUCACAAACUGUUUGCUUUGAUGUUAAUCGGCCGGGCGUAGCAGGAUUCUGCACCGAUACUUUUAUAUGCCAACUUUUGUCGAGCACCGGCUAUGUGAUCAGUUCUUCAUCGGUUGAAUGUCUGAGCAGCCCGAAUCCUUCCCAAGUGUGCUGUAUGCCAGCUGGUGGUAUCCCUGCCACCACUCCCUUUCCGCUGACACCGUCCUAUUGCAGUGUUCCACAGAAUAAUAGCACGUUCCCCGGCCAAGGUCUAUCCGGCGACGGAGGAGGCAAUAUAAUCGUAAAAAGUUUGGAAAGGAUGGGCAGAAUUUUGGGUGGAACCCAGGUCACCGAUCCAAGCCGGCAUUGCUGGAUCGCCGGGAUCUACCUAAACAAUCAACUUGUUGCUUCCGGUGCGCUUGUAUCAGCAAAUGUCGUGCUGACCACAUUCAGUCCUGUUCAAAGAGCAACGGCCCAAUCUUUAACCGUAAGACUCGGGGUACCAGGAAUAUCCGGAGCAACCGGAACCUUUAAUUCGGCCAUUUCGCUUCAAGUUGCCCAAAUUGUUCGCUACCAGGGAUACCGUGUCGUUAAUCCACCAGGAUAUCCUGUCGGGAAUCUCGCUGUCCUCCGUUUAAGCCAGUCCGUUGAUUUCAGCCUUAAUCCUUCUUUGUGCACAGCGUGCUUGCCGGGCCAGUCCAUAACCACAAGCUCCUUUUUGGGCGACCGGUGCCAUGUCGCUGGUUAUGGCAGUAUAACAGAAGGAACUACCACAAUCUCCGACGGAAUUCUUCGCGAAGUUAUGGUUCCGAUUAUUCCGCGACAAAUGUGUGAUUUUGUGUACCAACGAGUACUAAAUCAGUUUCAGUACGCAACCGAUGCCUCAUCUAUAUGUGCGGGUGGUGAAUCUGGAAAGGACACAUGCACUAGAGAUGGAGGAGCUCCGCUACGAUGUACUGGUGUUAGCCGGCAAUAUCCGAUCGUAGUCGGGCUCAGUAGCUGGGGAGUUGGAUGCGGUAGAUCAGGAAUUCCAUCCGUUUACACCGACCUUAGUAACAGCCAAAUCUUUGCGUUUAUACAACAACAAGUUUCAGCAUCGGGAUCACGUUUGUUUCCCCCGCCAAUUACUACAGCUUUUACUGCAUCCGGUUUUGUGCCAGUGUCUGACUCCGGCAAUCCAUUUUUCGCUAAAUAAUAGAACCAAUAUUUUUAAAUUACCACGGACUUAAACCUUGAGAAUAUGAUGUUAGUAAACUAGAAUUGUUUUAUUAUUUUUGAUUGCGCAAGUAAAGAGAUGACGUACGUGUAAAGCGAAACGAUUACUGAGAAAAUUAUCCGUUGGUGUGCAA